AGUUCUUAUGACGUUUACUACCGUUUACCGGUUUACCUUUUUGAGUUUCAUUUUAUAAGAUAUUAAAGUUUAGAUAUUAAAUAAAAGUGCUUAAUCCUAUAAUAAUCAUUCAGUAUGGGUAUCCUAAACAAUCUUCUUGCAGAACAUGACGAAUAUCAGUAUUUGAGAUUGGUACAAAAGAUAAUCCAAACAGGUGACAAGAGAGUCGACAGGACAGGCGUCGGAACUCUAUCUAUUUUCGGGGCUAUGCAAAGGUAUUCCCUCAAGAAUAACACCCUGCCUUUACUUACUACUAAACGAGUAUUUACCAGAGGUGUUAUUGAAGAGUUACUCUGGAUGAUAUCUGGCUCAACUGAUGCUAAAGUACUUUCUUCCAAGGGUGUGCACAUCUGGGAUCCUAAUGGAUCGCGACAAUUUCUAGACAACUUGGGAUUUACAGAUAGAGAGGAAGGUGACCUGGGCCCAAUUUAUGGUUUCCAAUGGAGACAUAGUGGAGCUGAUUAUGUUGAUUGUAAAACUGACUACACAGGUCAAGGAGUUGAUCAAUUGAAGAAUGUUAUUGAGACAAUUAAGAAUCGCCCUGCAGAUCGACGAAUGCUGAUAUGUGCAUGGAAUCCAUCAGAUUUAAGCAAAAUGGCUUUGCCUCCAUGUCAUUGCCUCGCUCAGUUCCAUGUAUCAAAUGGCAAACUAUCUUGUUUGCUGUACCAAAGGAGUGCAGAUAUGGGUCUGGGAGUUCCAUUCAAUAUUGCCAGUUAUUCUAUCCUCACACACAUGAUUGCACAUAUCACAGGAUUGGAGGCUGGUGAAUUUAUUCACACAACAGGAGACACCCAUGUAUACUUGAAUCAUAUAGAACCCUUGAAGGUACAGCUACAAAGAACUCCUACAGAAUUUCCCACAUUAGAGUUUGCCCGCCAAAUCAAUUCUAUUGAUGAUUUCAAAUAUGAAGACUUCAUCAUCAAAGGAUACAAGCCACAGCCUAAAAUAGAUAUGGAAAUGGCUGUUUAGAAUAUUUUACAAAAUAUGUAGUAAGUAAUGCACUUGGUCCUAGUUAUAGAUAUUGUCUUAAUAUAAAUAAGAAACAUUUUUUAAGAAGCCAAUUAAUAUAGUUUUGGUUCUAAGAAGUAUUAUUGCAAAAUGGCAAGUAAAAAUUUAAAAUCAGUAUUGCUACUUGCUUAUGGCAAUAAUUGUCUUCUUUCCUGAUUAUAUUUUCCUGUGAAAUGCUGUGUAAUUUUUUAAAGGAAAUAAUAAUGAAAAAAUUAGGUAUUUCAUGAUUAUUGCUUAUUGGUUGAACUUAUUGUUUACUGGAACAACUAACUAUGAAGCAAAGUUUGUAAAUUGAUAAUAAUAUGUGUUUAUGUAGCACCUGUAGAUAAUAAUUGUAUGAAUUCGAAAUUAAGAUUAAAAUUAAGAAAUUCA